AUGGAAUUCACACAUAAUGCAUAUCAACCUAUUUCACUUGGAACGACAAUCAUUGGAGUUGUUUAUAAUGGUGGUGUUCUUCUUGGAGCUGAUGGUAGAACUUCAAUGGGAAGUAUAGUAGUUAAUCGAUGUAAAAAUAAAAUUCGUAUGGUUUCUGAUUCUAUUGGAAUGUGUAUGGCUGGAACUUCAGCUCAUAGUGAAACGAUUGCAGAUUAUGUUAGACAUUCAUUAAGAAUGUAUACUGCUCAAACUAGAGAAGAACCAACUGUACUUGCUGCUGCUACGUCAACAAGAAAUAUUAUUUAUGGAAAUAAAUCAUUCCUUUCAUCAUCAGUUAUAUGUGGUGGAUAUGACUCAGUUAAUGGAGCAACAUUAUAUCGUAUACUUCAAAGUGGAGCUAUGAAACAAGAUGAUAUAUGUGUUGGAGGAAGUGGUUCAACAUAUAUUUGGGGAUAUUGUGAUGCUCAUUUUAAAAAGGAUAUGACUUUUGAAGAAGCCAAACAAUUUAUUAUUACAGCUGUUUCAUUAGCAAUUUAUCGUGAUGGUUCAUCUGGAGGAAUUAUCCAUACCGUAAAUAUAACAUCAGAAGGUGUUCAAUCUGAAUUUAUUACUGGAGAUAAAGUCCCUGUGCCACAAAAUUAA